GGUUUGUAUCCGGUGACGUAGGGGAAGUGAAUACGCAUGCGUGCGUGCCACACACGUGAAACGAGGCAGCAUGGAGGAGAAAACUCAAGUCGUGGUGGAUCAAUCACAGGUGAAUAAGGCUGUGAAGGCUCUGCUGGCGUACCUCAAAUCUUCACCAACAAAAGAUUCCUCGCUCCUGGAAGAUACUCAGCCGAUUAGCCUGCUUUUCACCCUGUGGAAGAUCCCAAGACAAGCACAGACCAUCCGAAUUCCUCUGCCCCAUGGCCAGCGUCCAGACACAGAUGAGGUGUGUCUCUUCACCAGAGAUGAGCCCAACAUGACCGCAGAACAGACUCAAAGGUUUUACAAGACACUACUGGAGAAGAAGGGCGUUAAGUACAUCACAGAGGUGAUUCCCUUCAAAAUGUUGAAGACAGAGUACAAGCCAUUUGAGGCCAAACGCCGUCUUUUAGGGAAUUUCAACAUGUUUCUCUCCGAUGACAGAAUCCGACGUCUGCUGCCUUCACAUAUAGGGAGACAUUUUUAUGAGAGGAAAAAAGAACCGCUGAGUAUCAAUCUUAUGGGCAAAAGUCUGGCCUGGGAUGUCCAGCGCCUGGUUCAGGGAACCAACCUGAAAGUCACAAACAAAGGUUGCUGCUGCACGGCCCAUGUUGGCAACUCUGGCUUGACUGCUGAGCAGCUGGUGGAAAAUAUUGAGUCCGCUGUUCAGACUGUGAUGGCAAAAAUAAAAAUGACAGGACCAGUGCUAAAAGUCAUCCAUUUGAAGAGUAAAAAAUCUGUGGCUUUGCCCAUCUACACAUCAGACCUGAACCAUCUCAAAGUGCUGGAUGAAGCAAAACUGCUUGCACGUACUAAGAAGAAGGAAAAGCGCAAAGCGGAAAAAAAUGAACAGGCAAAGCAGGAAGAUUCGUCUGAAAAAGGAGAGUUGAAGCCAGAGGAGCAGAGCAAGGACGAGGAGGCAGUGAAGGAGGAUGAGGAGGAAGAAAUCCCUCAGCUGGUUCCCAUAGAAACGCCCACUAAAAAGGCCAAACUGGAGGGGAAGAAAAAGCAACCGCUGAAGAAGACAUUGAAACCCACAGCUGUGAAGAAAGGACCCAAAGCUGAGAAGAAACUGUCCAAGAAAGCAGUUAAAAGAAAAGUUCCCAAGGUCAAAUAAAAGAAAGUGAUGUCUGCACUUGUGAACACGUUUAUUAACUCUAUGUUCUUCUUAUUGUGUUUCUAUUCAAGACCAGUUGUCAGUUUUCUAAUUUUGUCAAAAUAAAAUCCUGGAUCACAUGAUCCGGUGCUUCAACCUCCUAUAUGAGUAUCACGCUCAACUCAUAUGCAGCUGUUUAAGGAACACGAUUACCAUCCGUUUUUCCCACAAAUCUUUUCCCUCCCCCUGCAUGUUCAUCAUGUGUCGUGAUAUUCAUCAUGUUGAGCAUGUUUGACUCGUGUUUCUGCACUCUGACCUCACGUGGGUGAGCAGUUUUUUUAACUGCACAGUGCUGGGCUGUACAGUGUUGAGGUGGGGGUUGUGAUGUUGCAGGUAUUGUGGAAGCAACUGCUGCAUUCUACUAGGUUGUGUCCCAGAAGGAGAACAAUUCUACCGAGGUGUUGCAAGUGUUUUCUCUGACAUUGAGCCUUGAACAGAGCGAUGAUGGUAAACAGGAGCAUUUACCGCAUCAGAUUACAGACUAUUGUUAAUGAGAUUAUGUUCAGACGUGAACAGCUGCUACUCGCAAGCCACGUCUCUAGGAUCAUCUGAUGUAAUGCUUCGUGUCACCUGGCAAUGUAUAAACCUCUUAUUGAUGUUCCUACAGCUUUAUCAUUCAUGCGUUGUUUGAAAUAUUGACAAGAUUAUUAUUACAAUCUCUGUUUUUGGCACAGGGACGUUACAUUUUUUUCAAGGUAAACCACUGAUAUUAUUGUGUAGUUUCAAAUAGUGUAUGAGGAAAUAUCCACCCCUCACCCCCUCCAAAAACUGGCUGGACAUUAAGGUGGAGCACACUUUAAUAAACAAGAUUAAAUUUUGAAACUGAUUAAAUAAUCUCCUGUGAGAGGGAAAAGAUACAAUAUGUCCCAAAAUGUGUGCUAACAAACUAUUGGUGUCGAAGAUGUUCAUGUAACCAGCACGAAAACGAUGAAUGUACAACGUGAGGAAAAUAUUAAGCAAAGCUAAAGUUUUGAAAAUAGUGAUACAAAUGCUA